AUGGGGCACAAUUUCUUCACAAAUUUACCAUCAGAAAUUACGACCGACAUCCUCUCACGACUCCCUCUCCGGAGCAUUUCAAUCAGCAAAUGCGUUUGCAAAUCAUGGCUCAAUUUGCUAAAGUCCAACGAUUUCGAAUUAAAAUCCCCACCCGCCCUAGUUUUUUUGAAAUCGGUGGAGACGGAGCCAACUCGGUGCACGAUUUUCGAAAUCGAAGACGAAGAAGAAGCCGAUUUGGAGAGCCACGAUCUUCACUACAUUCCGCUCCCGGAUCUCAAUACCCCUCAAGGAAGCAGCGGAAUGGCAGGCAUCGCUGCUAAUGGAUUGCUUUUACUAUCUUCAAACGUAUGUGAUCCUGAAAUUCCUGUUUACAUAUGCAAUCCGAUCACUCGUGAAUAUAUCGUGCUCUGCCCUCCUAAGGAAUGCCAAAAUGUGUUAGGUUUUGAAUUUUGUGUGAGCAAAAUAAGUGGGCAAUAUAAGGUGGUUUGUAUCAGUAAGACCCUUGAAAUCGACUACGACUCUUUUCAUGUAUACACCCUCGGAACCGGAAUAUGGAGGCCUAUUGAAACCUGGGCUGCUUCUUGUUACAAUACCUAUUUUGAUGGUUACAGAUACUAUUUUGAUGGACACCUUGAAUGUAAUGGCAUAAUGCAUUGGACUUUAGAUGAUUUGGUUAAACCCUGCUUUCGGAUUUUUGGUUUUGAUAUUGAAACAGAAUGUUUUAGCAUCUUCUCUGCCCCUUCAGCUCUUCCUCCAGGUGGAGUUGUGCAGUUGAAAAUCCAUUUGACUAUUUUUAGGGACUGCUUGUGUAUUUGUUACACACACGACUAUGAAAUUGUCAUUUGGUUGAUGAAGGAAUACCGAGUCGAAGAAUCUUGGACCAUAAAGUACAAGUUUAGCACUAUUGAUUUUGAUAUUGAUUUUAACGUGGAUUGGGUUGGCUUGUCAGUUUUGCCUAUAAAAGUUUUCAAAGAUGGAGACGUUUUGAUGUUGAUAGACGAAGAACAACUCAUCUACUAUUCCAACAAGACAAGAACCACUCAAAAAGUAGGUGUGUUUAAUGAUACAGAUGAAGAAUAUUACUUUACAUCUACCAUGAUUUUCACUCCUAGUUUUUUCUCACUCAAGAGUUUCAAUUUCGAGAAUGUGAUGUCGUUCUAA